AUGGAGAGGGAGGAAACAAUAAAACUGAAGAAAGAACGAAAGCAUAAUGGUGCUGCAAGAGUCGCCAGGGCAGUGGUCCCCACCUCGCGGUGGAAAACAACUUUUGGCUCCCAGAAGGGUUCUCCCUGUUCCUGGCCUGAGGCCCUGCCUCAGCCCUUGGUUUGGUUUCAGCAACAUUCUCCAGGCGGCUACCAAGCUGGGCCAGCCGGACACGCCUGCUGCUUAGUGAGACAGCGGGGAGAGGCCACCGACAAGCAGAGAAGUGGAAAAUGUCCUUGCCGGAGGUACACACAGCCUUCAGGAGGAGACAGUGCUGGCACAUGGGCAGAUGCGAUAGAAGCCCAGCCUAGGAGUGGGGGGGGCCAAUGGGUCCUACUAGGGCCCCAGGAAAGCUUGCCAAAGUAG